UGAUUUAACAGAGUCUCAGGAUGUUUAACUGGGUGGUGAAGGUCGUGCCACAUCCUCCUGACACACAGGGGGAUCUGGGGGAGGAGGCGAUCGCGGCGAAUGGGAAAACAUCAAAUCGAGAUAAGUUCAGUUCAUCCAAAACAGGCAGUAAGGAAGACCAGUCAUCUCAAACAUCAAAAGAUAGUGUUCAGAAUGGUAUGUUGAACUGGAUCUCCAACGGUUUUGCCAGCGCACUGCCUCUGCCCGGGAGUCCACUUCUUACGAGAGCCAACUCUGAUGCAAAAGAUGAAGGGUCUGUAGACAGGUCUGGAGUUAUUGGCUGGAUCACACAGGGAAUUGGAGAAGUGGUCCCACAGCCUGAUGAGAAAUACAUACAGGACAAGAGUCCAGAAUCUGAAGAAGUCACAGAGGUUUAUGAGGCAAAGGACCUCCCAGAUCAGGAGGCUUUGCCACAUAUACCAGUAGUAGAACUGAUGUCAGAAGACGAGGCAUCUGAAGUGGAACCAACCGCUAAGUUCCCUCCUAAUGUAAUGAGCUGGAUAAAGAGCGGCUUCCAGAACGCUGUUCCGCACCAUGUGACCAGACCCCCAAGUUCCAGUUCUUCCACGCCGAGGUCAUCACAGUGCUCAAACAAAGAAACCAGCGUGACAGAGAUCGAUUCAAAAACUCCAAGGUGA